AUGUCCAACCACAGAUACAACUCUUGGCUGAAGACCAAGAAGAAAGGCGAACUCGAGAAUCUUGCCGAGUCUGUUGGUCUCUCAGAUAUCGACGGCUACAAGAAAGAUGACCUUGGUGUGGCUCUUGAUAACUUCCUCACUGAGAACUCGACGCGCUUUCUCGCCAACCCCGAGCUCGCUGGCUACUUCAACAGUCGCUCCAAGGCCCAAGGAUCACCAGUCAAGAAAGAAGUGUUCCGUGAAGAUGCCCUGAAGGUAGUCCGGAGACGACCCUCCAAGGCUGUGGAAGAAGUGACCCCCGAAAGCGACGAUGCCUCUUCUCCCCAAGCUCCAUCGACAGCACUCGUCGAGACUCCUGGUCGCUCUCUGACCGAGGUCGCAUCGCGCAUCGCGCUUCCAGCCACUCCCGCUGAUGUUGCUCUCGCUGUUGAUCGCUCCACUAGUAUUGUGCGCCAGCGCGUCUCGUCACUUUAUGAGGAGAGUGGAAUCACUGAGGUCAGUCAUGCGACUCGCGACACUCUCAGCACCGUCACCAGCAUCCUAUUCUGCGUCGCGGGUUGGGAGCUUUGGAACGUUCGGCGCGAAAUUCUGAGCAAUGUUUACGCGUUUACAAUUCCCGCCAUCAGCGCACUCGGCACAUCGGACUACCCUGUCUAUGUUCCCGAUAUGUUCCUUCUUCUGACGUCUAGCUUCUGGUCUCCAGCCUUGACUUGGAUACUGACCAGCGUCAUCAUCCCCUCUUUUGCUGGUUACUUCUUCAACCUGAGUGCGACAAGCCCCCCACCUUCGCGCGGACGCCCUCGCCCAAGCCAUGCCGACUAUGUCGUCGAUCCCUUGACUUUCAGCAUCGUCAAAGCCUUGGUUUCAUUCGUUGUUUACGGGCAAGGCGUUAAUUUUGGCGGUCUUCUGAACGAUCUGUCUAUAAUGCGCCUCGAGAACGCCAUCUAUGGUGGCUAUAAGGGUAUCCUGACGGGCACUGCUGUCACUGCCGUGGUCAGCAUUUAUGACGCCGUUCUGAGGAAGUAA